AUAAAACUGGUCCAAUAGCUUCUGCAAUCAGUUGGCAUUGCACAUUUCUGAAUCAUGGAUCUCGACACAUCUUUCAUCACGGAUGUUUCGCUCGUGGGCGGUGCCCUCAAAGCAACAUUUGGUGUCCUUCUCCUGUAUUUCAUCUACUGUUACUUCAAUGACAAUGGCAGUCAAUACCAUCACCCACCCGGGCCAAAGGGUUUACCGUUUCUAGGGAGUGUUCUCAGUAUGAUUUUCACCAGAAAGCACCCUCAUGAGGUCUUGGAUGAUUGGACGAACAAAUAUGGCGAUGUUAUGUGCAUCAAGCUCAUGAACCGUCGAUUGUACGUGGUCAGUGAUGUCCGGCUCGGACAGGACGUGAUGGGCAGCAUGCAUGCCAUGGACAGGGAGCCGACUUUGCUCAUACAGACUCUGACGGGAAGAAAAAAUGCUGGAGUUGCCUUUGCCAAUGGAGAAGUGUGGAAGGAGCAACGCCGCUUGCUUAUGUCUGUCUUAAAGAAGGCUGAUGUUGAUGGUAUCAGCUACGAUGAUAUCAUCGUGUCUCAGGCAGAGCGUAUGUUGGCAGAAUUCGAAAAGACCAACGGCCAGAGCUUCGAUCCGAGGGACCUCAUACAUAAGACUAUUGGAAACGUGGUCAUGAAGAUCCUUACAGGGGUGACAUACGACUACGAUGAUUUGGAAUUCUCCCGAGUCAUGACGAACACGGUUCGUGUCUUUACCCUGCUCGGUGAAGCGGGAAUCCUGGCCUCGAUCCCAGCUCUCGCUGCCAUCCCGUCUCCUACAAAAUGGAAGAUCAUCAAGGCAUGGGAAGAGAUCUAUGGCUUCCUCAAGGAAAUCAUUGAAAGACGCAAAGCAAGGUUUGACACGAAUCAAAAGGCGACUGACUUCAUGGGAAGCUUUGUGAAGGCAAUGUCUGCAAAAGGAACAGAGAUUGGUCCAGCUUCCUGCGACGAAAUCAACCUAAUGGUGUCCUCCUUCGACCUGCUUCUUGCAGGAUGGGACACGAUCUCCACCACCCUUGCCUGGGGCUUGCACACAUUGGCUUCCUACCCUGAGGCUCAACGUCGAGUUCAUCAAGAAAUCAAAGACGUCAUCGGCCUUGACCGCCUUCCGCAGUUCUCCGACCACCACAGCAUGCCCGUGACGAUGGCGACCAUCGCUGAGUGCAUGCGUUUCCGACCCACCUUAGCGGUGCACAUCCCUCACGUUGCUACACAGGAUUGCAAGAUUGGAGGGUACGACAUCCCCAAAGGCGGACAGAUCACUCUCAACAUGUGGUACCUGGCCCAGAGCCCCAACAUCUGGAAAGAGCCGCAAGAGUUCAAACCUGACAGAUUCUUGAACGAAGACGGGGAGUUUGAUCGGAAAAUCGACCCACUAUCGUUCGGAACAGGUAUCAAGAGGGUCGAAGGGUUUGUCCUGGAGAGCCACUGGCAAGAACUGAGAUAUUUCUCUGCCUCACGUACCUUCUCCAGCGUUUUACCUUCAGUUUGUCCGAGGGCACCCCGACGAAUCUACCAACCCAUUUCAGUCUUACCAAUCAACCGAAAGCUUACCAGAUUCACGCUGUCAAGAUCGCGUAAGGCUUCCAGCAAAGUCCAGAGGUACCCGGAAAAGGCUUUUUAUUGGCAUCCUGCUACCGUCCUAGCCAGGGGCGGUAUUCUGACAUUCAUUUAA